AUGGAGAAUCGGAAAGAGUUUCUCGAAAGAAGGGAUGAGCUGCCUAAGGACCGGCGGCUACGUGAGAAUCUAGCUGAUCUUUUUUUGAGUGGCGAAAUCAGUGGGAAGCGGGCCCGCAGCCUGUACGAAGAUGCAGGGGAUGCGAACGCUGUCCAUGUUUCCGAUGUGGCUUCGGGAUCUACAGAUCAUAAUGCACAUCGCGAUGUGUUGAGACGCUUGCUUGCCAACACAAAAUGGCCGGAGCUUUUCGAGUGUGAUGUGCCGAUAUACGACCCGAAAACGAACAAAGAAUCUUCCGCACAACUUUCCAUGUUGUUACCUCACGAGGUGGUUCAUACGAUGUGUCGCUGGAACCUGGAGUCCAUUGACACGUUCACAUCGAUGGAACACUUGAGGCCCGAGCUGGCAAAAAAGAUGGAGGAAAUCCGCUCGUUCUUGCAAUCGUCCGCUCCGAGCAGACCGCUGGUGGCUUUGGGCUUGUGGGCAGACGGGGUACCCAUCAAGGGGGAUAGAUCCGAGUCGUUGGAAAUGAUAACAUUGUCAUUCCCAGGACUCGGCCACCGACAAACCAUCCGCAUUCCGAUCACCGCGAUGAACAAGAAAUUUUUCCUCAAGGGUGGGAAGACUUGGGACGCUCUGUUCAAGGUGAUUUCUUGGUCAUGCCAUUCAUUGCUAUCUGGUUUUUUUCCGUCGCACCGCUGGGAUGGCUUGCUCUUGCAAGGCAAGAGGGCCAACUUGGCGGGCCGUCCGCUGCAUGCUGGAGGAGCACUGUUGGAAAUCAGAGGCGAUUGGGCUAUGUUGAAAGCUUCCUUUCGAAUGCCAUCCUGGAAUGCCAAGAGAAAUUGCUGCUUUGUCUGCAAGGCUACACCGGAAACAAUGAGAGAUCUGGGUCCCAAUGCACCAUGGAGGACCAAGCUGUGGAACCACGCCGAGCUGCUGACAGAGAUGCUCGAGGUGCACAACAGUUAUUCGCCGAUCUUCGAAGCACCGUUCGUGGAUAUCCACAGCUUUUGCAUCGACUGGCUGCACUGUUGCGAUCUUGGUGUGUGCCAAGACUACUUGGGGAAUGCCAUGUGGUUGAUCUCUACGAAACUUCCGGGAGCCAAUAUCGAGGAGCGAACUCGCGGCCUUUUCGAUGAUAUACGGCAGCACUAUGCUACAAGUGGAUGCGAGAACCAGCUCGGGGCGCUUACGCCCUUGAUGAUUCGCAAAGCCGCUUCAAAAUCGCCGAAGCUGAGAUCGAAAGCAGGAGAAGCGAGAUCCCUCGUGGAUUGGGUGGCAUGCUAUCAGAACCUCCCUGGAGAGAGCUUCGAUGCCGAUGAUCUAGCUUUCCAUUGCAAGCAAUUUCUGCAAUUGUACAUGGCACUGGAGAAUGCUGUGCAGCCAGAUGCACGCUGGCGAUAUAAGCCGAAAUUUCAUCUCUGGCUUCACGUCUGCGAAAUGGCGAAAGCCUCUCCGACGUACUGGUGGACUUACCGGGAUGAGAGCUUCGGUGGGAC